CCUCUGAGUUCUCAGGGGCUGGCUGUACAGAUAGGUUACAUCCUUUUACCCCACUCAAACACACAUACACAUACACACAGGUCUUUCUUGCACCUGGAACUUUUCUGUCCUGGACUGAGCAGCCAGGAGAGGAGAGGAGAGGAGCUGCAGUCCUUAGGAUUGGUGUUUCUGGAGGAGAGAGGAGCCUGAGACGAGUCUUCAUCAUGGCUCGGGAUUUUAACAUCCUCCAAAUUGCCGUGAUCCUGCAGGUGCUGUGUCUGGCUCUGGCUCAAGUGAAUGGCCCACCCGGAGCUCAGGGCCCUCGCGGUCUCCCCGGCCCUUCAGGUACCCCCGGAGCCGAUGGCAUCGAUGGUGAAAGCGGGCCUCCUGGGCCUCCUGGGCCUCCUGGUCAGAAGGGAGAAGCAGGCCAGCCGGGCCCAGACGGUCCUCCUGGGGAUGAUGGAAUUGAUGGUUUGGCAGGAGGAAAGGGUGAAAGAGGUCCCGUUGGAAAUCCUGGACCGAAGGGUCUACCAGGGCCUCCUGGUCCAGCAGGACCACCUGGAUCUGGGCUUCCUGGACUUCCUGGACCAGCAGGUCAGAUCGGGCUUCCCGGGGAAAUUGGACUCACUGGACCCAAGGGAGCUACGGGACUUCCUGGACCACCAGGUUUGCCAGGACCUCCAGGGAAACCUGGGCCACCUGGGAAGUUCUUGGGUUUAGAAGAAGGCAGCGCUGAUUUCCAGUGCCCAACUAACUGUCCACCUGGGCCUAAAGGUCCUCAAGGCCUGCAGGGCAUGAAGGGUCACAAAGGUCGUGCUGGUAUACUGGGAGCUCCAGGAAACAUUGGAAAGCUGGGCAUAAAGGGAGAUGUUGGGAUCUCUGGUGAGCAAGGAAUACCAGGCCCUCCAGGUCCGCAGGGGCUGAGAGGCUAUCCAGGAAUGGUUGGGCGCAAAGGAGAGACGGGUCCUCAAGGUUACAAAGGUAUUACUGGACCCAUUGGACUUCCUGGAAUCCCUGGUAAAGAGGGACCUCGAGGUCCUCCUGGAGAUGCUGGGGAGAAAGGUGAUAUGGGUGACCAAGGCAUCAGAGGACUACAGGGAGAAGUGGGAAAGAAGGGAGUGAAUGGUCUCCCAGGGAUUGAUGGUAAAGAUGGUACCCCUGGCAUUCCAGGAAUAAAGGGUGCUCCAGGCCAGAAUGGAAGACCUGGUCCACCUGGCGUCCAGGGGGCAGCUGGUUUGCCUGGAAGCCCUGGCACCAAAGGUGGCGUGGGUGCUAAGGGUGAGACAGGACCUAGGGGUUUGAUAGGAAUGGCUGGUGCUUCAGGCCCUCAGGGUGAGCCAGGACCACCAGGUGAAGCUGGUAUGGUUGGAGUUCCCGGGCCAAAGGGUGACAGGGGUGAGAGAGGACCUGUUGGGUCUCAGGGAAUUGUUGGCAAGCCUGGAAGUAAAGGAGAAAGAGGGCCAAUCGGUAUACCAGGACCUCAAGGUCUUCCUGGAACCAAAGGCGAUAAGGGAUUCCAAGGCAAAGUGGGACCAAAGGGAGACUUUGGCGAUCCAGGGGUAGAGGGAUUGCCUGGAGAAAAGGGAGAAAAGGGACUGUCUGGUGAACCCGGCCCCAAAGGACAGCAAGGAGUGAGGGGUGAACAAGGACACAAUGGCCCCACAGGCGAUCCCGGAAAACCUGGAGACCAGGGUCCGCCAGGUCUUCCUGGACCCCGAGGCAUCCAUGGAGUGAGAGGUGCACCAGGCAUGCCAGGAAUACAGGGAUCAGCUGGUGGUGAUGCCUCAGAUCAGCACAUCAUUCAGGUGGUCUUGAAGAUGCUGCAGGAAAGGUUAGCUGCUUUAGCAGUGAGCAGUAAGAGGGGAGCAUUAGGAGGUGCUGGAGUAAUGGGACCACCAGGCCCUCCAGGACCUCCCGGACCUCCAGGUCCUCAGGGAUCCCAUGGCCUUACUGGUGCCCGAGGCAUCCCUGGCGUGAUCGGAGCUGCAGGCCAAAUCGGAAACACUGGCCUUAAAGGAAGGAGAGGCGCAAAGGGAGAGAGAGGAGACCCUGGUCGCCCUCAUCCAGGCCCACCAGGGCCACCUGGCCUUCCAGGUCCUCCUGGUGUGGAUGGAGUUGCACGGGACGGCAAGCCGGGAGAAAGAGGGCCACAGGGUGUAGCGGGUCAACCAGGUUAUCCCGGAAAGGCAGGUCCUCCUGGCCUCCCUGGCUUCUGUGAAAUGGCAGCAUGCCUGGCAGCGUCGGCUUACACUUCCCCACGACUCCAGGAAGCUGGUACAGUCAAGGGACCGUCCACUUAAAGCCUUAAAACAUCAGCGUUAUAAGAAGAGAGACACACAGACCUUUCUUUCAUGGGACAUCAGCAUGGUGCAACGGUCCUGAGCGGCUGACUUUGCAGUUUAGUUUGACAUUUUGCAUGUGUGUCUCUCUCUGUGUGAGUGUGUGCGUGUGUGUGUGUGUGUGUGUGUGUGAGCGUGUGUGUGUAUGAGUGGUGACUAGGGUUCAUCAAAACUGUAAUCUAGGCUCAGCGCCGUCCCACCAUGAGUGCAAUGAGAUGUGAAAAUGUCAUCAUUAGGACAUCAGGAUGACAGUCAGAUCCUUGGAAAGCUGUAACUCAAAGACUGAAAUCCAAUCCCUGGUGCUGUUUCUUUUUUGUAGUGGUUCACCACACGUUGUUAAUUAUAAGAAUCUAAGAAUUUUAUGUGAUAUAAUAAAACAGGACAUGGCCAAGAUUUCACAGCAAAGUCUACCAAUAAUAAUAAUAAUAAAAAUCCCGUAACAAUAGUGUUUAAUUUUGUAACUUAUUGUUAAUUACCUCGUGGAAAUGCCUUUAAGCUUAUAGUUGCUGUGUACAUUACGCCCUCUUUAUUAGCCUAGAAAUAAACAACCUAUUCUACUCUUUGCCCAUCCAGCAGUACUGUAAAUCUUUGUAAAUGAUGCAAGUGUUCUAAUUUUGUACUAAUAUGAAUUGGGUGGGUUUACAAUAUGGACAGGAACCUAAAGUUAAUAUAGUCAGCAUUCAGAAGAACUGAUUCUUUACAAGAACACCCUAUUUAUUUGGUUCAUCUGUAAACACUUUCUCUUUUCAUGGUCCAUUCGAAUCAAUAAAGAGGAACCUUUUUUAAGACUGAAUGUUCUUCUGCAUCUUGUGAAAGGCUGAAAACAGGAAGAACAAAAAGUGCAUGGCCUCAACUAUAUUUUUCUUGCUUUUCCUUGAGCUUUCUUUAAAUAUUCUUCCUGGAGAAAAUAAAGCAAAAUGCAUCCAUUUA